GCCCCUCUCCCGGCCCGGCCCAGCCGCGCUGCCCGCCUGACCCCGCCGCUUCCCGGCAGAGCGGCCCCAUGGCGGCCCCGCGCACCCUCCUGCUCCUCGGCCUGCUCCUCGCGGCCCCGCCGGCCCCGGGGCAGGGGCGGCGGGCACCCCCUCCUCGAGGCCCCUUGGAGACCGUGCAGGCUCAGGCCGGUCUCAGCCUCCCCCAGCUGGCAGGGAGGUGGUUCCUUGUGGGCAUGGCCUCCCGGUGCAGCAACCUGGCGGAGCACAGCCACCGGCUGCAGGCCACUGCGGUGACAGUCACCAUCCCGGAUGGGCACAGCCUGGCCGUCAGCACCUUCAGAAAGCUGGACGGGAUGUGCUGGGAAAUCCAGCAGCGCUACCUCCCUGCCCAGGCCCACGGACGUUUCCUCCUGAAGGGCCGUGGCUAUGGCAGCAAGGUGGACAUUGUGGUGGCCGAGACCGACCACAGCAGCUACGCCAUCCUCUACUACCAGAAGGGCCGGAGCAUCUCGGUCAAGCUCUAUGGACGGACCAGCCAGGUCAGCGAUGCCGUCCUGGAGAAGUUUGAGCAGCGCGUCAGGGCUGUGGGUCUGAGUGAAGAUGUGAUCUACUACUUCCCCAUAUACGGGUUCUGUGACUCCGCAGACAAGUUUCACAUCCUCAAUGAAAUGAAGCUGUAGGUGCAGACAGUGUUGACAGGAGGUUCCCAGAGCUCAGCCCUUGCCUCAUCCAGCCACUCACAGCCACGCAGGACCCAGCUGGUGUUUGGUCAGACCCUGCUGCUGCUCCACAGCCCUUCGCCCAACCCUGGGGCUUCCUGGUUCCUCCAGCUGCAUUUGUCCUUGUCUUGUCCCCCCACAGCUUUGUGACACCCCUGUGCCCUGCAGCAGCCCCAAUAAACACCUUGGAGAAGG